GUGCGCCUCUACGGCCGUUAUUACGGUCAUUGGUUUGUAGUAAUGGCGGCGCCCUGCUUGCUUGGAAAAGAAGAGUGACAAGAAAAUAACUGUAAAACAUAAAAUCAGAAGACAGUUUUCAGCUAAAGUUCAUGUAAAUACACUGAAACGGCCCUGCGGGACGGUUGGAGAGUGAUAACACGCCUGGAUGAGCUGUUUUCCACCUUUCUGUAUUAUGACACUUAAAUAAUAGCAAGCUUCAUAUGUCACUGCUACGGAGACUGCUCGUCCAGCAUCAUUUCCUGUCCAAUUGCUCUGCUCGAGCUGCUAGUAGUGUCGCCCGCCAAAAAUAUGACGUUAUUGUCGUGGGUGGUGGACAUGCCGGCACAGAGGCAGCUGCCGCUGCAACCAGAACUGGGGCCGAAACGCUGCUCAUCACACAGAAAAUCGAAACGAUUGGGGCUCUCUCAUGCAACCCAUCAUUGGGAGGAGUUGGGAAAGGUCAACUAGUAAAGGAGGUGGAUGCUCUAGAUGGACUGAUGGGACGGGCUGGGGACUACGCUGGGGUUCACUUCUCCAUCCUCAACCGUAGAAAGGGACCUGCUGUGUGGGGCCCCAGGGCACAGCUUGACCGUGGCCGCUACAAAGAAUUCAUACAGUCGGAGUUGUUGAACAUGCCCAGACUGACUGUCAUUGAGGGAUCUGUGGAAGGUCUGUUAGUGUCCACCGCUGACCCAGAACGGCCAGGAAAACACAGAGUGACUGGAGUUCGCCUAGCUGAUGGAAGCAAUGAAAUCCUCUCCAGUUCUGUCGUUCUCACUACCGGCACAUUCCUCUCCGGCUCCCUCUUCAUGGGCAAGACCACUUCUCCAGGGGGGAGGAUGGGCGAACCUCCCUCUUGCGCCGGACUGACCCACAGUCUGAGAGAGAUACUCGGAUUAAAGCUCGGCCGCCUGAAGACCGGGACGCCCCCUCGGAUCGUCAAAGAGACGGUCGACUUCUCCCUUGCACAACUUCACCUGCCCGACUCACGACCAACUCCGUUUAGCUUCAUCAACACGCACACACACUGCAAGCCUGAGGAGCAGAUCCCCUGUCAUCUGACAUACACAACCCCUGGGGUCGACAGAGUGGUCAGAGAAAGUCUACACAUGAACUCUCACAUACAACAGGACACCAAAGGACCCAGGUACUGUCCUUCCAUAGAGUCAAGGGUGUUGCGCUUUCCAGGUCGACAGCACCAGGUGUGGCUGGAGCCGGAGGGUUUGAACUCUGACCUCCUGUACCCUCAGGGUUUGUCUAUGACCAUGCCACCGGAGAUGCAGCUCCGCCUCAUCCGAGAGAUCCCCGCCCUGCAGCGGGCGGAUAUUCGCACACCAGGUUACGGGGUUCAGUACGACUUCGUCUGCCCGACGCAGCUCUUCCCGUGGCUGCAGCUGAAAAGCGUUCAGGGCCUUUUCCUCGCCGGUCAGAUUAAUGGGACCACAGGCUAUGAAGAGGCAGCAGCUCAGGGCCUAUGGGCGGGCGUAAACGCCGGUAGGACUGCCCUCUCUCUGCCCCCUCUAUCUCUUUCACGCACUGAGAGCUAUAUCGGCGUUCUAAUCGACGACCUGGUGGGGCACGGGGUUACGGAGCCGUACCGCAUGUUCACCAGCCGGGCUGAGUUCAGAACAUCACUCAGACCAGACAACGCUGACCUUCGCCUUACGCCCAAAGGUUUCGAGGAGAUUGGCUGUGUGUCCUCACACCGUUACCUGGAGGCUGUCCGAGUGAGGCAGGGCCUGAGCGAGGCUCUCUCUGCCCUGCAGUCCGUCACGCUGUCGCCCUCUCGCUGGAGAGAGAAACUGAGGGACAUCUGCAUCAGUGAGACCAAGAGCACUCUGAUCAGUGGAGAAGAGAUGCUGCAGUAUAAAGACGUCUCCUUCAAUAUGGUGGCCUCCGCUUUUCCCGAGAUCCUUUCACCGCACGUGGAAUUUUCUGAGAGGAUAAAAAUUGAAGCUGUGUACCGACCGCACUGUGAAAAACAGCAGAGGGAGAUGGAGAGAAUGCGAGAGGAGGAGAGUCUGUCUCUGCCCCCAGAUAUCGACUACUUCUCUCUUCCUGUGUCCCUCUCUGAUGAGGUUCGAGAGAUACUGGACAAAGCGCGGCCAAGCACGCUGGGAGCAGCUACGCGACUGCAGGGAGUCACCCCAGCAGCCAUUGUCCACCUCCUGAACUACGUGACAAGAACAGGGCGCAGGAGCAGAGCGCAAAGAGAAACAGACCGACGGACAAAGAUUCCAGACUGGAAGCAUCGACCUCAGACUGACCAGCAAGUGGAAUCAAAUCAAAAUCAAGAGGUGGGCAUUGUGCUCCAGAAUUAGCUUUUAGAGGCAGCAGCUUCUGAAGACUGUUACUACAAUAAA